AUGCAUUCCGGCCACACCACACUCAGGGCUGCACGUCGUCCCGGACCGUAUAAAAGGGCCGUCGUCCGGCCGCUGAGGACACAAGCGAUUUCACCACCACCCCCACCGCAGCAGCAUCAGCACCAGCAGCGGGAGCAGCACGCAACCAUGUGGAAGGCAGUGAUCUCCUCCGCCCUGUUCUUGGCCGUCCUGGCCGACGCCGGUACUCUCCGCGGUGGAUACGCUGGCGGCGGUCUCGGAGCAGUCGGCGUUGGGAUCGCAGGCGGCUACGCCGGACGUGGCUACGUCGCCGGCGGCGGUGGCGGAUACUAUGGAGGAGGUUACAGGGCCUACGAAGACAACAGGCCGAGGCCGUACAGCUUCGGCUACGUCGCUCAGGGAGCGGACGGGUCCAGCUCUCGCCAGGAGGUGGGCGAUGGCAGCGGUAGCGUCCAGGGAGAGUACACCCUGAGCACGGCCGAAGGCGGCCAGCGGAAGGUCAAGUACACGGCCGACGCGGGAGGCUUCCGCGCCGUCGUCGACACCAACGAGCCGGGCACGCAGAGCGAGAGCCCCGCCGACGUGGCCCUGCGGUCGUCCUCGCCGCCGGCCUACCUGCUCGCCUCCAAGUACGGUGCCGCCGGGUCGUACGCCGGGGCCAGACCGCGAGCAGUGUACGGGGGCGCCGGCGGGCUGUACGGAGCGGGCGCCGCCGGAUACGGGGGUGCCGGCCUUUACGGAGGUAUCGGCCGAGGUGUCGGAGUGUACGCCGGCGGACGCGGUGUCGGAGUGCUCGGAAAGCACGGCGGUGGCUGGCACUAGUGAACCCGCCAUCGGCCUCCUUACAU